AUGGGGUUAAUUCCAAGUAAAUCGUUUUCUACGUUAGUUUGUGUAAAAUGGCAAGGUAAACGGUUUGAUUUAGAAAUUGAAGAAUCAGAGUCAGUAUUGGUAUUUAAAUCACGAUUGUAUAGUCUUAGCGGUAUUCCAUGUGAAAGACAAAAGAUUCUUGGAUUGAGCAAGAAGAAGAUCAAAGAUGAAUCCAUUCUUUCAGAAUUUAAUAUUAAGCCAUAUACUACAGUUAUGUUGGUUGGAUCAGCAGAGACGCCAUCUGAAGCUCCAUGUGAACAACCAGUCUUUUUGGAGGAUAUGAAUGAAUCUGAAUUAGUGAAGAUGCUUUCGGUGCCUUCUGGGCUCACGAAUCUGGGAAACACAUGUUAUAUGAACUCGACAUUGCAAAUGCUCAAAUGCAUGCCAGAGCUCCAAGAUGAGCUGGAAAAAAUUUUACAAAAUAAAUCAUGGAAACUUGAUAAAUCAGGAGCUAUGAUAGAAUCUCUUGCAGAUGUUUUCCGGAAUAUGAAUACACAAAAAAGUUUUUCUCCAUAUGUAUUUCUAGGAUGUCUUAGACUUGUAUUUCCUCAGUUUGCAGAAAAAGAUCGUGUCCACGGCGGGUUUUCACAGCAAGAUGCAGAAGAGUGUUGGUCACAAUUGAUUCAGAAUCUACGAACACAUAUGCCUAAAAAUGAUAAUUCUUUAUCUUUUGUUGAAAAAUAUAUGUUAGGAACAGUUAUUAAUGAAAUGAAAUGUAACGAAACUCAAGAUGAGCCACCUAUUGUUUCUAAAGAGGAUUUUUUCAAGUUAAAUUGUCAUAUCGGGAUGAAUACCAAUUAUAUGAUUGAUGGUUUGAAGGAAGGUUUAAAAGAGAUAAUUAGUAAACAUUCAGAAGUUUUAAAUAGAGAAGCUACAUUUACAAAAACUUCUAGACUUUCUAGACUUCCGAAAUAUUUAACAGUUAAUUUUGUGAGAUUUUUUUGGAAAUUAUCUAUUCGCAAAAAAGUAAAAAUUUUACGAAAAGUAAAGUUCCCCUUUGAAUUAGAUAUAUGUGAAUUAUGCGUGGAUGAAUUGAAAUCUAAAUUGGUUCCAGUAAGAGAUGUACUGCGUAAUAUAAAUAAAAGCAUAGAAGAGAAAAAUGCUAGGAAGAAAGCAAAAAUUCAAGUAGAAAAUAAUACCGAUAAUCAUUUGGAAAAGCUUUUAAACGAAAUGAUUAAAGAAUUAUGGAAUCUUGUUGAUCCUAAGUCUAUUGACGAUGGCUCAAAUGUAUCCGGUCUUUAUAAUUUAAUAGGAAUUUUAACACAUUCUGGAGUAUCUGCUGAUUCAGGACAUUAUCAAGCAUGGAUUAAGAUACCCAAUUCAUCUGAUUGGUACCAAUUUAAUGAUGACGAUGUUACAGUUGUGCCUCAAUCUAAAAUAGAGACAUUAGAUGGUGGCGGUGAGAACGAUACAGCGUAUAUUGCUUUAUAUUCUGCUGUGGCAUUACCUAAUGCUAUUUGA